AUGGCUUCACAUGCUGCUAUUAUUGUCAAACAAUUCAAUCAAUUUGAAGAAGCCAAAAAACUAAGCGAUGCACAAAAGUUUCAUUCAGGAAGCUCAGGAUCUAAUGCUCAGGGAAAAGGAAGUUUGACACUGGUGGGUCAAAAAGGUUUAUCUCUGAGAAGAAUAGUGAUGAGAAGUGCUUCACUUAUGGAGGUGUUUAUCAUUUUGCAAAGGAUUACAAGAUCAAUAUAUGCGAACCCAAGGAAGAAUCAUAUGAAGCUACGUAUUAGCAUCUGGUUGCCUGUCUAA